GUCUGAGACUAGACUAGGACAGGUCAACUCAGCAACCUUGAACAUUCGAGCCACUUUUUUUUUUACGUGUACAGGACAAUAGCAGUAUCCAGACUCGUUUCACACCUCACUUUCUUUUCUCUCUCUCCCAGCUGAUACCUCACAUGUCGUCGAUCUCGACGCAGGCUUCCAGAAUCCUCCUCCCUUCUGAUCCUCUUUCUCUUGCGUGUCUUUUUCCGACUUGGUUGGUGGUCACCGAGGAAAUCGGACGGGCUGAAAGGGGGCAGUGGGGCCUUUCUCUCUCACUCUACCUUAUGGGAAUAAUAACGAUCAUUGAUCCGGCAAACCCACCGCUACCCGUCUCCGUUAUUACGUAUUUAUUCUCGGACCCAGAGACUAGACCCAACCUGCAUUCUUCUCGCGUGCUUCUAGUCCUUCUAGCGCCACUCCCCGCGAGCCCCGAUAGAUGGAGCCCCCUACAGCCCUCCGAAAAACAAAACAAAAAGCUCAACACCGUCCGUCCGUCUCCUCUUGAUGAACUACUAAGGUCCUAGCAGAACUAGUCACUUAGAACAAUUGAAGUUGAUUGACACGGGGGAAUAACACCCACCAUGAC